AUGAAGCUCGGGACCCUUCUCGCGGGCGCUGCCCUCGUCCUGCCUACGGCACUCGCCAUGCCGAAGCAGCAGUUCUGUCGAACUCUCGCCAAGCCUGACUGCGGCAAGGGUUGGGUCUGCGUCCCGAUUUCUGCAGGAUGCACGACUACCACCGACUGUCUUGGCAUAUGCCGCUCAGCGAAGAAGUACAGCGCCAUGGUGCCAGUCGCUGAAAAGGAGAAGACUCCUGUGGAGCAGGUAAAAGAGACGAUCAAGGAGAAGAAAUUGAAGAAGGGAGAAGGCAAAGAAAGGAAGGGCAAAGAUGUGACGAAGAUGGGGGUCAGCGAUGUACCCGAAUCGGUCAUUCAACCUGCGGCGCGAAACCCUCCUCAAGAAGAACACGAAAAGCCCGGGAAGCAAGACAAGAAGAAGGGCCUGAAGAAGCACGAAAAGACGAACGGCGAUAAACAUAAGUCUAAGGGCCACCACGACAAGCCGAAGAAGAAGCACCCAAAGGAUCGCAAAAGUCCUGGCAAGUCCAAGCACCACGAUAAGCCCAAGACAAAGCACCAUGGAGAGCCGAAACAACCCGAGGAGCCCAAGCAUCAUAACAAGGCCUCGCCCCCGAAGAAACCGGCGCAUCCCAAAAAGCCGGAGCACCCCAAGAAGCCAGAACACCCCAAACACCCGAAGAAGCCGGAACAUCCCAAGAAGCCAGAACAUCCCAAGAAGGCGGAGCACCCCAAGAAGCCAGAACACCCUAAGCAUCCGAAGAAGCCAGAACAUCCCAAGAAGGCGGAACCCCCCAAGAAGGCGAAGCACCCCAAGAAGGCGGAACACCCCAAGAAGGCGGAGCACCCCAAGAAGCCAGAACACCCUAAACACCCGAAGAAGCCAGAACAUCCUAAGAAGGCGGAGCACCCCAAAAGGCCGGAGCACCCGAAGAGGCCGGAACAUCCCAAAAGGCCUGAGCACCCUAAGAAGGAUGAGGGACCGAAGAAGACGGAGACCAAGAAUGGCCCAAAGACAAAGGAGGCCGAGAAGCCCAAGGACCAGAAGCCAAACUCCGAUCAAGGACACCAGGUCCCUGAUAAAAAACCCGAGAAUCAGCCCCAAGGUACUCUUUAG